AUGGUAGAUCCUUCCAAGUACGUUGCCAUGGAUUGUGAGAUGGUGGGACUCGGCUUCGGUGGCCAGGAAAGUGGUCUGGCGCGCUGUAGUAUUGUGGACUACAGCGGGAAAGUCAUCUAUGACAAAUUUAUCAAACCAGAUGGGACGAUUACAGAUUACAGGACAGACGUGAGUGGGAUUCGUCCGUUAGAUAUGGAUACAGCUUUGCCUUAUCAUAUUGCCAGGGAAGAGAUUUUGAAGAUUUUAGAAGGAAAGAUUAUCGUAGGCCACGAUCCCAGGUCUGACUUCCAUGUCCUGAGAACCGACAUUGCAGGCUAUGCCAUAAGGGACACCUCAUCUUGCAAGUUGCUGAUCACAAAAGCCAAGCUGAAAACUGACAGGCGCGCCUCGUUAAAAAUUCUCUGCCAGAAAUUGCUGGGGAAAAGAAUACAGGACAGCUACAGAGGACACUCCUCCGUGGAAGAUGCAACUGCAGCAAUGGAACUUUUUAAACUCGUGGAUGACAUGUGGGAGCUUCACCUCACCGAGGGGCUCAGGGUGGAGAUAGUAAACCGAUUUGAAAAACAUAACAGAUAUUAAUGAAUAAAACAACCUACCAGAUUAGGGAAUGCCAUAUAAACAAGGAAUUAUUCCUGCUGUAAGCCAGGAUCACAAACUGCCUUCCAUUAUUUAAUUCUCUCCACCCAACUUUCUUGUUCUUUCCUGAAUUUCAGUUCCAUAGAUCCUCCUUGAAACCAAUGUCCUGUGUGCCCCGUAGACUAUGGGGCCUGCUGGAAGUGCAAGGAGUCACCAUUGCUUCAUCUCUUCAUUUUGCCUUUGUUUCAUAAGUGGAGGAACCACACUGGGUUGUUUAUCCUUCUCCUCCCACUCUCAUUAGCUCAGGGAUUUGGGACAAUUGUCCAAACCCUAUAAUUGUCCUGCGUGAUUAGAUAACUGAACAUGGGUCUCAGCAGUGGAGAGA